AUCUCAGCUCAAGGCUCUCCUAUUCCCAGCAUCUCUGAUGGCCCUGACUGCCUGUCUUCUUCUUCUGAUCAUAGACAUCUCCGGCUCUUGAAUUACAUGGCAAGAGGCACUGAAUUUUCUCUGCUUCUUGAGAACCCAGCCCGAAGCAGUCUUUUUUUGGUUAAGCCAAAAGUGAAACUGGAGAGGGAAAGCCAAGGGUACAAUAAGAGGAUUAAAGAUUAGCUAAGACACAUGGCUUGGGAAUUAACCUUUAACUAAACAUCUUAUAAAUAAUGCCUGUGCAGCUUCCCCUGUGAAUGUAAAGAGAUCCCAGGCUCUUGGAGAGGAAGAAGCCAUCGCCAGUCAAAAAGGAAAAAGCAAAGGCAAGACACAAUCAGCAUCAGGAGAGAAAGACAUGUGAAGGAGGGAAGGAGCAGGAGAACAGCAAGGAAACGCAGGAGGAGGGAGCAGCAGCUGCUUUCAACACAGAGAAGCAUCUGUUCGUUGUUAAAAUCAGUCUCCAUCUGCACCCUGAGCAAUGGAAGUAAUAUAUGGCAGGAACAGGAAAGAACAGCUGGAGCCUGUGAGGGCCAAAGUGACAGGCACGAUUCCAGCAUGGCUGCAGGGAACCCUGCUCCGCAACGGGCCUGGAAUGCACACGGUGGGGGAGUCCCGGUAUAACCAUUGGUUUGACGGCCUUGCCCUGCUCCACAGCUUCACCAUCAGAGACGGUGAAGUUUAUUACAGGAGCAAAUACCUGAGAAGCGAUACUUACAAUGCCAAUAUUGAGGCAAACAGGAUCGUGGUAUCGGAGUUUGGAACCAUGGCCUACCCGGACCCCUGCAAAAACAUAUUUUCCAAAGCUUUCUCCUACUUGACUCACACCAUCCCCGAUUUCACGGACAACUGCCUGAUCAACAUCAUGAAGUGCGGAGAAGACUUCUAUGCAACCUCAGAGACCAAUUACAUCAGGAAGAUCAACCCACAGACUCUGGAAACGCUGGAGAAGGUUGAUUAUCGUAAAUAUGUGGCAGUAAAUCUGGCAACAUCACAUCCCCAUUACGAUGAGGCUGGAAACGUUCUCAACAUGGGCACAUCCAUUGUGGAAAAGGGGAAGACAAAAUACGUGAUUUUUAAGAUCCCUGCUACAGUACCAGAGGGUAAGAAGAAGGGGAAGAGCUCCUGGAAGCACACGGAGGUGUUCUGCUCCAUCCCGUCCCGCUCCCUGCUCUCCCCAAGCUACUACCACAGCUUUGGUGUCACCGAGAACUAUGUCAUCUUCCUCGAGCAGCCUUUCAGGUUGGAUAUUCUCAAGAUGGCAACCGCGUACAUCCGGGGAAUGACCUGGGCCUCCUGCCUGGCUUUCCACAGGGAGGAGAAGACUUACAUCCACAUCGUCGACCAAAGGACCAGGCAGCCUGUGCAGACCAAGCUCUACACAGACCCCAUGGUGGUCUUCCAUCACGUCAACGCCUACGAGGAGGAUGGCUGCAUCGUGUUUGACGUCAUUGCCUACGAGGAUAACAGUCUCUACCAGCUCUUCUACCUGGCCAACCUGAACCAGGACUUCCAGGAGAACGCCAAGCUCACCUCGGUCCCCACCCUCAGGAGGUUUGCCGUGCCUCUCCAUGUGGACAAGAAUGCAGAAGUGGGUUCAAAUUUAAUCAAAGUGGCAUCUACAACAGCAGCAGCCCUGAAAGAAGAAGAUGGCCAAGUCUACUGCCGGCCAGAAUUUCUCUGUGAAGGCUUAGAGCUUCCACGGGUCAACAGUGCUCACAAUGGAAAGAGAUACCGAUACAUCUUUGCUGCAGGAGUUCAUUGGAGUCCAGUCCCAACCAAGAUAAUAAAAUAUGAUAUUCUCACAAAGUCAUCCUUAAAGUGGAGAGAGACUGAUUGCUGGCCAGCGGAACCACUGUUUGUGCCCGUGCCAGGUGCCAAGGAGGAGGAUGAUGGAGUAAUCUUAUCAGCCAUUGUCUCUACUGAUCCUCAAAAGCUGCCUUUUCUGCUCAUUCUGGAUGCCAAAAGCUUUACAGAACUGGCCCGUGCCUCCAUUGACGUAGACUUGCACAUGGAUCUCCAUGGAUUAUUCAUUCCAGACAUGGACUCAGAGGCAAAAAAACAGGCCACUUCCGAGGAAUGGCGAGACGGGGCUUCCAACUGCCGUGGGGCUCUGCCAACCUGACAAUUUUGAGGUUUGGGCAGGGGAAGGGUAGCUCAGCUCUCAGAACUGCAUGCUGGGUACAUUUUUUGGAUGGUGGGGAGGGCCUUCGUUACGUUUUGCGCUUAUUCUUUCUGUGGGUGCUUUGACAACAACGUGGUGAGAGAAAUUGUCAGUAUCAUUUCUUUCCUUUUAUUUUGGUGGUAAAAAAUGUGUUUGAAAGUCAAAUACUUGAAAAUCAAAUAUGUGUUGAUUACAGCCAGUAAUUCUAACAAAGCUCCUUUCCUUUACCAUAGAGACCUUGACCAUGAAUCAGAAAUUGCAUUCAAUCACAUUACCAUCAUUUUUAGAAUGUGCCCCUAACCUAUUAGAGAAGAGACAGAUCAUUAUUUAUCAUCAUGCUCUGUCUCUUUCUCUUUCCUUUGCUGCCUCCCUUAUUUCUAAUGGACUAAAUUGUGUAUCUGGGAGUUCUCACUUCCUCAGCCAGGCCCGAUUAGUUAAGUUACGUGACCAGGAAGGCAUGCUGCUUUGUGGUCGCUCCAUGCAAGUCACGGCAUAAUAUAAAAUAAUAAAAACUUUAAAGUCU